CUAUAAUAAUUAUAAUAAAAUGGUAUAUACUAAUCCAGCCAAGCCAAACCCAUUGCAUGUAAUGCAGUACUGCUUCAAAAGAAUGAUACCUACCAUUUAUUACCGUAAGCCCUACCCUGCAGGAAGAAUGCCUGUGUAUGCUCAAUACAGUCAGUUGAUCUUCUUCGGAGCCUUGUUUGCCGGAGUAGUUGUGGUAAGAAAGAUGGCUUAUGGGUUCACUAAUGAGAAUACUUCCUUGGAAAACAGAAAAUACUACACUUUGCCGAGAACUUACACUAACUUCUUGUACAAGUCUUUCGCUCGUGGCGACUUGAAGAAGAACCAGGAAGAACAGAAGUUUGUUUUCUAAUCAUCAAUAUUAAUUUUAAAGGAA